AUGAGGAUACCUAUCCUUCCGGACGUGCUUCUUUGCGCUGCCGCCGGUCGCAGGAGGGCGCGCACAAUGCGAAUCCGACCGCACCGCGACCGAAACAGAUCUCCAGCUCGUCUUCUUGGCCGGGAAGAAAGGAAGGGGAGGGGAGGAAGCGGCGGAGACCACCAGGCGAUGGCGGCGCCGCUCGAGUUCCUGGAGACGCAGGGCGCGACGCGGCCCGAGCUGGCCGAGUGGUACGCCGCCCUCGCCGACCUCUACCAGCGGAAGCUCUGGCACCAGCUCACCCUCAAGCUCGACCAGUUCCUCGCCCUCGCCGUCGUCCAGGCGGGCGAUGCUCUGAUUCAGCUGUAUAAUCAUUUCAUCUCUGAUUUCGAAACCAAGAUCAACCUUCUUAAAUUUGCUCACUUCACGGUAGUAGUUUCACGCCAGUAUUCAGAUAAAGAUGCUGCUAUCAACUACCUAGAAGGUGUAAUUUCGAAGCUGCAUGAUACCAAGGAAUCACGGGUUGAAGAGCCCAUUCUGUAUGUGAAGAUGCAGAUUGCAAAUUAUCUUCUUGAGAAAGGGAGUCAAAAGGAGUGUAAGAAAUUGCUAGACGAGGGGAAAACCACUUUGGAUGGCAUGGUCGAUGUUGACCCUUCAGUACAUUCGACCUAUUAUUGGAUAUGUUCUCAGUACUACAAAGUCUGUCAAGACUAUUCUGAAUUUUAUAAAAAUGCUCUUCUCUAUCUGGCAUACACAACAGUGGAGUCACUUUCAGAACCAUUCAAACAGGACCUGGCAUUUGACCUCUCACUUGCUGCUUUAUUGGGUGACAACAUAUACAACUUCGGGGAGUUGCUUGCCCAUCCAAUCAUCCAUAGCCUUGUGGGAACAGCGGUGGAGUGGAUUUAUCAUAUGUUGCAAGCCUUCAACUCUGGCAAUCUAGCAGCCUAUCAGGAACUCUGCAAAGUUCACGGCGCCGCCUUGGCUGCACAGCCUGCUUUGGCACAAAAUGAGAGCGGGCUACUUGAGAAGAUCAAUAUCCUCUGCUUGAUGGAAAUCAUUUUCAGUCGAGCAUCUCAAGACCGUACAAUUCCUUUGAGCACUAUUGCUGAGCAAACCAGGCUAUCAGUUGAAGAUGUCGAGUAUUUGCUAAUGAAGAGCCUCUCUGCUCAUCUAAUCGAAGGCAUAAUCGAUGAGGUUGAUGGAACCGUCCACGUUUCGUGGGUGCAACCGAGGGUCCUUGGCAUCGACCAAGUGAAAUCGCUGCGUGACCGACUGGACACCUGGGUCGGGAAGGUGCACACGACUUUGCUAUCUGUCGAAGCCGAGACGCCCGACUUGGUCUCUUCGUGAUGUUCCUGGGGUGCCCUGGUGAACGAUGACGGCUGUGACCUUAUGGAGCGAAAGAAAGAACGAGGAACUUGAAAUUUGUAUUGAUUCUUAGGCCGCAGGCUCGCGAAACCUAGAAAGAUUUGUAAACAUUGAUCAGUGUCAUUUUGUUGGACGUGUAACUCAGCUGUACGAUCGGUCUUACUAAAAUUUGCUUCUGAUCCCCGAA